CCAUAGACUGAAUAUGGCCCUGCCCACCUUCCAAAACACGCCCAUGGAGAGCCUCGCCGCGAGCUGCCAGACUGUACGCGCCUCGUUCCUCUCGCACAAAACCCGCCCGCUAGAGUUCCGUCUGAAGCAGCUGCGCAAGCUGUACUGGGGUCUCAAGGACAAUGCCGACCUCAUCCACGAAGCGUGUUCCAAGGACUUGAGCAAGCCUUUUUUCGAGACUUAUUCGGGCGAGCUGAACUGGUGUAUGAACGACUGCAUCUUCAUGCAGAACAACCUCACCAAAUGGGCCGCCGACGAAUCCGCUCAAGACAUUCCAAUGGCAAACAAGUUGCUGGGACCCAAGAUCAGGAAGGACCCCAUGGGUGCUGUCUUGAUCAUUGGUGCCUUCAAUUUCCCCAUCCAGCUUUCUGUUGGUCCCCUCAUCGGUGCUAUCGCUGCCGGGUGUACCGCUAUCCUCAAGCCUUCCGAAAGCGCUCCCUAUACCGCCGCCGUUAUCCAAAAGAUCGUUUCCGAAUCGCUCGAUCCCUCAUGCUACAUUGUCGCCCAGGGCGCCAUUCCCGAGACCACGGCUCUUUUGGACGAGAAAUGGGACAAAAUCUUUUACACGGGUUCUGCAAACGUGGGCACCAUUAUCGCGAAGAAGGCUGCUGAGACCCUCACCCCUGUCACACUGGAAUUGGGAGGGAGAAACCCAGCCAUCAUCACAAAACACGCCGACCCGCGCUUGGCAGCUCGUCGCCUUCUAUGGGCCAAGUCGUACAAUGCUGGACAGGUCUGUGUGAGCCAAAACUACGUCCUAAUCGAAGAGGACAUGGUGGAAUCCUUCCUCCGUGAAAUCAAGACCGCCUACGCCGAGUUCUACCCCAACGGCAUCCGUAAAACCCCCGACUUUGGCCGCAUCGUCAACCUACGCCAAUUCCAGCGUCUCAAGAAGAUGCUUGAUGAGACAAAAGGCAAAAUCGUCCUUGGUGGUACCAUGGACGAAGCGGACCUCUUUAUCGAACCCACCUUUGUGCUCGUCUCGAGCCCAGACGACAGCCUCGUCAAAGACGAAAGCUUUGGUCCCUUCGUUCCCAUUCUCCCCGUUAAAAACCUCGACGAAGCCAUCAAAAUCGCGAAUGAAGUCCACGCCACCCCGCUUGGCCUUUACCCCUUUGGAAACAAGGCCGAAUGCGAAAAGAUCCUCUCCCAGACACGCUCUGGUGGUGCAUCGCUCAACGACGGCUUCUUUCACGCUUCCAUUCCCACCAUGCCGUUUGGCGGCGUCGGCGACUCUGGAACUGGUGCGUACCGCGGAAAGGCUUCGUUCGAUGUUUUUACGCACCGCAGGUCGAUUACGAAGACCCCUGCGUGGAUGGAGGGUCUGCUCAGUGUCAGGUAUCCGCCUUUUACGGACAAAAAAUUCAAGCAGUAUCGCAAUAUGAGCGCCUUGACGCCCAAUUUCGAUCGCGAGGGCAAUGCCCAGGGGUGGGGAGGGUGGUUUUUGAGCUUGCUUGGGUUCAAGAGUGUGGCUGCUUUGGCGAUUGCCAUAGGAAUCCGACUCUACCUACAACGCCGUAAUGGCGGCGCCAAGUUGUGA